AUGGGUGCUGUAUCAUGCGGACAGGUACUAUCAGCGCUUAUUAUAGUCGCGUCGAUAGCAAUUUUUCUUGGAAUACGAGCUUUUCUGGCACCACCUCCGGUGCCUGAAUUGGGGGAAAAAUGGUGGAAAGCCGCAAAACCGACUCAAAUUGAUACUAGUGUUAGACCUUUUAAAAUAGAAAUUUCGGAAGAAGACCUACAAGACCUUAAAGACAGAUUAAACCGAUCAGUUCCAUUUCAGUCCCCUCUGGAAGAUGUCAAACAACACUAUGGUAUAAAUACCAACACUCUCAAACCUAUAUUAGACUUCUGGAAAACAAAAUAUGAUUGGAGAAAACGCGAAGAAUUCUUUAAUCAGUAUCCACAGUUUAAAACCAACAUCCAAGGAUUGGAUAUUCAUUUCAUUCAUGUACAGCCCGCCGAAACUAAAGGAAUGAAAGUGUUACCAAUGUUAAUGUUGCAUGGAUGGCCAGGAUCAGUUAGGGAAUUUUACGAAAUAAUACCACUGCUUACUAAACCAGAAAAAGGAAGAGAUUUUAUUUUUGAAUUAAUCAUUCCAAGUGUGCCAGGCUACGGUUUUUCAGAGGGAGCAGAAGUAGUUGGGCUUAAUCCUGCUGAAAUCGCCAUUAUAAUGAAAAACCUUAUGGAUAGAAUAGGUUUCAAACAGUACUAUCUUCAAGGAGGUGAUUGGGGAGCUGCAAUAGUAGCAGAUCUCGCUAUAUUAUUUCCAGAAAAAGUUAUUGGUGUACACUCGAAUCUUUGUUUUGUCAACACUCCAAUAUCCAAUUUUAAAUACUUACUUAGUGGUUUUAUACCAUCUUUAUUCGUUGAUGAAGAUAAGGAGCACUUGGUCUCUCCAAUUUGGGACAAAAUAGAGUUCUUAAUGUUGGAAUUUGGUUACACUCAUAUUCAAGCUACAAAACCUGAUACAAUUGGUGUUGCUCUUCGUGACAGUCCAGUAGGUCUAGCUGCAUACAUUUUAGAAAAAUUCACCACAUGGACGAAUGCUGCCUUUAAAGAUUUGGACAGUGGUGGCCUGACCAAAAAGUUUACUAUGGAACAACUAAUAGAUAAUGUUAUGAUAUACUGGGUUACUCGAUCGUCAACCACCGCUAUGAGACUGUAUGCAGAAAGUGUGAAUAGGAAACAUUUUACUACAAAUAUGGAAGGAAUUCCAGUACAACCUCCAAGUGGCUGUUCGAGGUUUGAAAAAGAAAUCAUUUGGUUUCCAGAAUCUGUUCUAACUGAAAGAUUCGUAAAUAUGGUUCAUAUAAGCACCCACCGUGAUGGCGGCCAUUUUGCUGCGUUUGAAGUUCCUCACGUUUUAGCCAAAGAUAUUUUCGACUUUACAGAAAUUGUUGAACGUAGUAUUAAAGAGUAA